AUGGGAUUCGGAAUGGGGGAUAACGGGGCGAGCUCCUCGUCGUCGCGGCUGGACCCCGCGCCGCUGCUGCCGCGCCACGGCAGCGGGAGCCGCGAGGCUGGCCUGUCGUCGCAGCCCAAGACGUUCGCCAACGUCUUCAUCGCGGUGGUGGGCGCCGGCGUGCUGGGGCUGCCGUACACCUUCUCGCACACCGGGUGGGCUGCGGGGACGCUGCUGCUCUUCUCCGUCGCCGCGCUCACCUUCUACUGCAUGAUGCUGCUCGUCGCGUGCCGCCGCCGCCUCGCCGACGAGCACCCUAAGAUCGCCUCGUUCGGGGACCUCGGGGACGCCGUGUUCGGCGCGCACGGCCGGUUCGCCGUGGACGUCAUGCUGGUGCUCAGCCAAGUCAGCUUCUGCGUCGGGUACCUUAUCUUUAUCUCCAACACCAUGGCGCACCUCUACCCGAUCACCGCGCCGUCCUCCUCCGCCCUGCUCUCCCCCAAGGCUCUCGUCAUCUGGGCUAUGCUGCCGUUCCAGCUCGGGCUCAAUUCCAUCAAGACGCUCACGCUGCUCGCGCCGCUCAGCAUCUUCGCCGACGUCGUCGACCUCGGCGCCAUGGGCGUGGUCAUUGGCCAGGACGUCGCCGCCUGGCUCGCCAAGCCCGUGCCCGUGGUCGCAUUCGGCGGGCCUGCCGCGCUUCUCUACGGGCUUGGCGUCUCCGUGUACGCGUUCGAGGGCGUCGGCAUGGUGCUGCCGCUGGAGGCGGAGGCGGCGAACAAGAGGAAGUUCGGCGUCACGCUCGGGCUGUCCAUGGCGUUCAUCGCCGUCAUGUACGGGCUGUUCGGCGUGAUGGGGUACGUCGCAUUCGGCGACGCCACGCGCGACAUCAUCACCACCAACCUCGGGGCCGGGUGGCUGUCGGCCGCCGUGCAGCUGGGGCUCUGCAUCAACCUGUUCUUCACCAUGCCGGUGAUGAUGAACCCCGUGUACGAGGUCACCGAGCGCCUGCUCCACGGCAAGCGCUACUGCUGGUGGCUCAGGUGGCUGCUCGUCGUCGUCGUCGGACUCGCCGCCAUGUACGUGCCCAACUUCACGGACUUCCUGGCGCUCGUCGGGAGCAGCGUCUGCGUCCUCCUCGGGUUCGUGCUGCCGGCCUCGUUCCACCUCAAGGUGUUCGGCGCCGAGAUGGAAUGGCCCGGAGUGGUAUCCGAUGUCCUGCUGGUCGUGAUCGGCCUCUCGCUCGCCGUGUUCGGAACGUACACGUCGCUGCUGCACAUCUUCCACUCGUCAAGCGCUUGA